AAUGGUAUAGAUGGUAUAAUCAAACACUCUGAAAUUCACUUAGUUGUAACAGUUCCUGCAAUUUGGUCCGAUGCCGCUAAACAAUUCAUGCGUGAAGCUGCUGAAAAGACUGGUAUUUGUAAAGAACAACUAACAAUCGCACUGGAACCCGAAGCGGCUUAAUUCGUUGUAUUGCAGGCAUGUUCAUAUGCAUAAACGUGGUGAGAUUGGCAAUGUUUCGAUGAACAAGUUACCAAUUGGCACCAAAUACAUAGUUGUUGAUGCAGGAGGUGGAACGAUAGACGUAACAGUGCACGAGACAGGAAAUGAGCAUACUUUGAGAGAAGUAAAACCUGCAAGUGGUGGCGAUUGGGGAGGUAUAAUGGUUGACAAGGAAUUUGAAAAUUUGCUUAUACGUAUAGUAGGACAAACUGUUUUUUUAAAAAUUUAAACACGAAGAAAUGGAGGAUUGGCUUGACAUGCAACGAGACUUUGUGUCACGGAAACGAGAGACGAUUGUAGACAAUGAAGGUAAAAUAGGGAUGAGAAUACCUGCAUCCUUAAUUGAUCUUUACAAUUAAUACUCACAAUUUGACCUUUGUACUUCAUUAGCAUCGUCUCAGUAUGCUGGUCUGAUUGAGCUCAAAAGAGAUAAGAUGAAGAUUUCUAACAAAGUCUUUGUUCAACUAUUUGACGCGUCAGUGACAAAAACGGUUGGUCAUUUGAAGUCAGUGCUGUCCGACGGCUCACUGCAAGACGUGAGAGUGUUACUGAUGAUUGGUGGUUAUUCUGAAUCACCGGUUUUACAACAUGCAGUAUUAGAAGCAUUGUCGGGAACUGAAGUCGUUAUACCUGCCUGCGCUUCAUCAGUUGUUUUAAGAGGUGCUCUGAUAUAUGGACAUAAUCCUUCUUCAAUAAGUGAAAUGAUUCUCAAGUAUACCUACGGCAUUGAUUACACACCAAUUUUUAUAGAGGGAAUUCAUCAAGAGAGCAAACGAUCUGAAGCUAUAGACCAUAGUAUUAGAUGUCGUGAUGUUUUCGGUAAAUUUGUUACAACUGGGCAAACUGUGAAUAUGGGGAAAACACAAGUAAAGAGAAUAUGUCAUACACUUUCAAGUAAGCAGAAGAGUUUGCGGUUUAAUAUCUUCGCUUCAGAGAGAGAAGAUCCUGUUUACAUUGAUGAUGACGGAUGCUUUGAGAUAGGACUACUGAGGAUAGAGUUCGAUGAGGAAAAUAAUACGAGUCAAAGAGAGGUUUCACUAUCUAUGUUAUUUGGUGGGACUGAAUUCAUUGUUGAAGUGGAAGACAAAUGUACUGGUAAAAAGAAAAUUACCUAUGUUGAUUUCCUUGGGUAAUAUAGUAAAACAUUUUCGAAAGGAGAAUAAAAAGAAAGGACGAAAAGACAGGAGUGUUAAACGUUACUUCCACGCUGCUAAGAUAUAUUUUAA